AUGGCAGAAUACAAUGUGAUAAUUACAGCUAAAAGAGAAAGCGUUGCAAGAGACACCAAAGGUGCCAUCACCAUUGACAACAUCAAAGGUCCCAUCACAAUUGACAACACCAAAGGUGCAAUCACCAGUGACAACACCAAAGGUGCAAUCACCAGUGACAACAACAAAGUUACCAUCACCAGUGACAUCAACAAAGGUGCCAUCAACAGUGACAACACCAAAGGUGCAAUCACCAGUGACAAAAUCAAAGUUGGCAUCACCAGUGACAACAUAAAAGGUGCCAUCACCAGUUACAACAACAAAGGUGCCACCACCAGUGGCGAAAACAAAGGGGCCACCACCAGUGACAACAUCAAAGGUGCCAUCACCAGUGACAUCAAAGGUGCCAUCACAAAUGACAACAUGAAAGGUGCCGUCACCAGUUACAACAACAAUGGUGCCACCACCAGUGACGAAAACAAAGGUGCCACCAAGAGUAACAACAUCAAAGGUGCCAUUACUAGCGACAACAUCAAAGGUGCCAUUACUAGCGACAACAUCAAAGGUGCCAUCACCAGGUACAAUAUCAAAGGUGCCAUCACCAGUGACAACACCAAAGGUGCCAUCACCAGUGACAACAACAAAGGUGCCAUCACCAGUGACAACAUCAAAGGUGCCAUCACCAGUGACAACAACAAAGGUGCCAUCACCAGUGACAACAACAAAGGUGCCAUCACCAGUGACAACAACAAAGGUGCCAUCACCAGUGACAACAUCAAAGGUGCCAUCACUAGCGAUAACACCAAAGGUGCCACUAUCAGUUUCAACUUGAAAGGUGCCAUCACUAGCGACAUCAAAGGUGCCAUGACCAGUUACAACAUCAAAGGUGCCAUCACUUGCGACAAUAUCAAAGGUUCCCUUACUAGCGACAACAUCAAAGGUGCCAUAACCAGUUACAACAUCAAAGGUGGCAUCACUAGCGACAAUAUCAAUGGCGCCAUCACCAGUGACAACAACAAAGGUGCCAUCACCAGUGACAACAACAAAUGUGCCAUCACCAGUGACAACACCAAAGGUGCCAUCAACAGUGACAAUCACUGUUGUGAUUGUCACUAUUGA